AUGGUUAUCAAAUCAUUAGACUUCCGCCGCUAUCGCAGCGACGAUGCGCAAGAGCGACAACAAUUCUGCGAUGAACUCUGUGAAACGCUCUGUGUCUAUGGAUUUGCUAAGAUUCGCCACUCGUCACUUCCAAAAGAGAAGAUUGACCAGCUGUUCGAAUUUAACAAGCGAUUCUUCGAUCUCCCAGACGACAUCAAAGUGAAGGCAGCGCACCCGGCCGCGCCGAACCCCCAUCGAGGCUGGAGUGCCAUUGGCCAAGAGAGCGUGUGGCAGAUCUCCAAGUUCGAGCAAGGGGAGCAGCAGACGGAUAGUUACCAGGAAUAUCGUGAAUCCUUCGACCAAGGCGCUGCCACCGACGAGCUCUUCCCCAACCGCUGGGUCGACGAGACCGACCUCCCCGGCUUCCGCACCUUCAUGGAGGGGAUCUACGACGACUUCCACGAGCUGCACGGCCACCUCGUGCGCGCCAUCACCGCCGGCCUCCGGCUACCCGCCGACCAUCUCAUCGCCAAACACCAGAGCAACACUAGCGAGCUGCGCCUGCUGCACUACCCGUCCAUCCCGGCGCGGUCCAUGGGGUCUGGCAAGCGCAUCGGCGAGCACUCCGACUUCGGGACGUUGACCCUGCUCCUGCAGGACUCGGUGGGCGGGCUGCAAGUCGAGGACCAGCGCCAGUUGGGUAGCUUCAUCCCCGUCGAGUCGGAGGACGUGUACGAGGUGAUCAUCAAUGUCGGCGACUGUCUGCAGCGCUGGACCAACAAGCAGCUGCGCUCGGCGAAUCAUCGCGUCUGUCUGCCGCAGGGGACGGAUGUGCACUCCACCGCGAUGCUGGCCCCUCGGUACUCGGUGGCUUACUUUGGGAAACCGGAUCGUGAGGUGCUGGUCGACUCGCUGCCGGCGUUCGUGCGGCCUGGCAUCAAGUCGGAGUACGAUGAUCAUUUGACUGCGUUGGAAUAUAUGCAGCAGAAGUUGGUCCGCACUUAUGGCUGA